UGCUUUAGAUUGACUGAAUCGUUCUGAGAGUGUUACAUUUUGUCGGUCUGGUUGUAUUCGCUAGGAAGUGUUCUGCAGUGGAAGCCACUAUUUGACAGGCGAGACUCGCAUCCUGGAAUUUCAGACAUCAAUAUCCACGCGAUUACUAAAUAAUCUAUUUUUCGCUUUUUACGCAAUGGAACCAGAUAGUCAAUGGAUUUAAAUCUGACUGCUCAGACUUGAUCGCUGCCGUCUACCACAGCAGCUCCUGUCUAAAAACGUCUGCUCUCCAGACUGUGGCUACUACAAGAUUAUACGCCGCAAACAUGGGAACGGUGCUGUCUAUAUCCCCAACAUUAAACAAGGGGACUCUUCUGGAUUGCAAAAAAGACAGUGACCACGCAAUCAAAACGGGUAGCGUAAAGAAACCGUCCAUGCUUGUCUCAGCCCUCACAUUUAAGAGAAUGGUUUGCGACUCGACCAAGAACAAAAACGACAAGAAAGUCAAUCCAGUCGUUGCACAGGUCAGCAACAAACACAACGACCAGUUAAAUACUGAAAAUAAUCCGAAAUCACAGCCACCAAUCCGGGACAAUCCUGUACCAGUGCCGACGGUUCCGUCCCAAAGCCUUCUUCCUACUCAACCCCAGAUCCCCUCUGAGAAUGUUAAGCUCUUACCUGUCCAAAAGCAACCUAGCCAAGGAAGCAUCCUCUCACCAAGGCGGGUGAUUAUCCAGGCGUCGACAGGGGAACUGUUGCGCUGCCUGGGAGAAUUCAUGUGCCGGAGAUGCUACAAAGUUAAGAUCACUUGUAGUGAAGUAAUCCUGUGGUUCCGAAAUGUCGAUCGAACCCUUCUCCUCCAAGGCUGGCAGGACCAAGGAUUCAUUACACCAGCUAACCUGGUUUUCGUCUACUUGCUCUGUAAGGAAUCGAUACCCAACGAUAUUGACAACGCAUUUGAACUCCACGGCAUCUUUCUGCUCUGUCUCUUUCUAUCCUACUCUUAUAUGGGUUGCGAGAUAUCUUACCCUUUGAAACCGUUCAUGGUAAUGGCCAAAGAGGAGGAUUUUUGGGAUAGUUCUGUGAACAUCAUCAAUAACACGAGUGCCAAAAUGUUGCAGUUAAAUGCAGACCCGCACUUUUUCACGCAGGUGUUUCAAGAGCUGAAAGAUGAAGGAGAGUCAAAAGACAAAGACUUGGACCGUUAAAACGAAAACUCAGACGAUUUUUUCACAAACAAUGGAAUCGUGAAUUCAAAACAAUAUUUAGCCUAACAGUAUUCCAGCCAUAGGCCUUCUACAUUUGGAAAGUACUACCUAUUAGUUUCGAGAGAAUUCAUGUGGUCUUUUGUUGAAAACAAUUACUACUAUUGUAGCCUUCGGACAACGAUUAAUUAAAUGCAUGCUAAAGUAUUUCAGCUGUAGGCCUAUCCAUGUUUGCAAAAAAAAGGGUAGGAUCAUCACAGGGACACCAUAAUAAAUGGUUACAGUAAUUUUGUAAUUGCCUCAAAAUUUUCAAUUUUGCAGUGCUUUUGUGUUUUAGACGUCAAUAGCCUAUGUUAUGGGCCGAGAGGCGGAGCUAUCCAAGGUACUGGAUGGCCGUACGCAUCCUAUUGAAGGCAAUGCUAGUCCUUUGGAGAGGAGACUACAAAAAGGGAUGUAGCCUGCUAGUAAAGAAAUUGUUUACUGUCAUUUGUGCCAAAAUCGGUAGACUGAAAACUGGUUUACAUCAAAUAUUUAUUUUUAAACUGAUUAGCAGAUUUUGUUUUGCGUUUAACAAUUUGUUUAUGUGAUUGCUGGUUAAAGCAACAUAGAAAAUAAUAGUUAAUCUGGUUUAUGUAUUUAUUUAGCCCUUUGUGUUAAAUUGUACAAGUACAAGAGUUACUGGGCUAACUUCGCAGUUUCUUUUCAGCAUUAUUGGUGUAUCUCCAUCUUCUGUUACUCUGCAACAUUGGAGUUGAUAUGCAGCUAUUUGCACAGUCUGAAAGAAGGCCCUGGCAAGUGGCAAUACUAUGUAUUAGUAAUAAUUUAAAUGAGUUCCCAUUCAAUAACAGUGAAGCAUUUCCUUUAUUUCUACAUUUAGUGUCGUGGUAAAAGUAUUGUUCUCCGAAGCACUGGACUCCCAGAGAAGACGUCCUUUUCUUUGACUGAAUUUGUUCACUGUUAGCAAAUCUGUUACUUGUGCUUAUUUGCUUUGUAUGUUGGAUCAUACACAGGUUUUUCAAACAAUGUGAUUAUGUGCUUAGAACAAUAAACACCUCUGGGAAUAUUUCUCAUUUCUGGAGAUCAGUUUGGAAACAUAAAAUAAAAAAAUUAAAUGAUU